AGAACGACUUCGACUUCACCCAUCCAUCGAUCUUUUUUUUUUUGACGAGCGAUCACACGGCUUGAUAUCACAUCGAAACUUCGAAUUGAGCGCGGGAGAACUGGAAUCGGAGCGAGAAAAGAAAGAAAGAAAGAUGAAAUCCAUCACUUGGAUCAAAAUGGCUUUGGCCGGCGGAGUCAUGUGCAUCGGCGGCCCCGCCCUCAUCCUCUGGAUCUCUCCCACCGAAGAAGAAUUAUUCCUAAAAUACAACCCGGACCUGCAACGCAAGAGUUUGGAAAAUCGCAGAGGAAAACAGGAGGAUUUUGAUAAUUUUGUGAAAAAUUUGAAGAGGUUGAGUCGGAGUGAUCGGCAUAUUUGGAUGGUUCAGGAAGAAGAAGCUAGUCGUUUGAGGAAAGAGGGAAUUCAGGCGGAACUUGAGAGGAGGAGGGAGGAGGAGGAGAGGAGGGUUGAGAUUCGGGAUAGUUUGAAGACGAAGUGA